AUGACUGUGUUUUCACUGAAACAAUUUAAACCAGUGUUUUCACUGCUUCUUCUUAACCUGGAAGAAUAUUACUUUGAACAGCACACAGCUAAUCAUAUUAUAAAUAAAGGUUGCAGAGACGAAAGAAAAUUCAGAGGCUCUCUAAAAAUCUGUUCAAAGUCAGUCAUUUUUGAACCUGAUGACAAUAUCCAACCCAUUAUCAAAAUACCACUGAGAGACUGCAUUAGUAUAAAAGCGCCAGAAGACAGUGAAGCAAAUAACCCUUUCACACGGGAUACAUCUGGAACGAUUUCUGUUGUAUGUAAUCAGGUUUUUCUCAUUAAAGAAAGAAACAUUAUUGCACCUUAUAAAACAGUAAGAGGUGGAACAGAACACUUAUUCCAACUGGAUGUUGCUGGGAAACUAGGAGAUGUUGUACAAACUCUACAUCAGCUUUACAGGGCUUCUUGCUUAGAUAAGAUGGGAGAUCAAGCUGCAAUGAUAACUGCUAUAUUGCAAUCACGCUUGGCUAGAACUUCAUUUGAUAAAAACAGAUUUCAAAGCAUUUCUGAAACGCUGCAUAUGGAAUGUAAAGCAGAAAUGGUGACACCACUGGUGACUAAUCCAGGGCAUGUGUGUGUUACUGAUGCUAACUUGUACUUCCAGCCUCUUAAUGGAUAUCCUAAACCAGUAGUACAAAUAACACUGCAGAAUGUGCGCCGCAUCUAUAAAAGAAGACAUGGCCUAAUGCCACUGGGACUUGAAGUAUUUUGCACAGAGAACGAUCUAUGUUCUGACAUCUACUUGAAAUUCUACAACUAUCAAGAUCGAGAUGAGCUCUAUUUCCUUAUUGCAACAUAUAUAGAAAAUCAUAUAACAGAGCAUACAGCUGAAAGUUAUAUGUUGCAAUGGCAGCGAGGACACAUAUCAAACUACCAGUAUCUUCUUCAUCUCAACAAUCUGGCUGACAGGAGCUGCAACGAUCUCUCCCAGUAUCCUGUAUUUCCAUGGAUCAUAGCAGACUACUCUAGUUCAGUAUUAGAUCUGACAAAGCCUGAAACAUUCCGUGACCUUAGUAAACCAAUUGGUGCCCUGAAUAAAGAAAGACUGGAUAGAUUAUUGAAACGUUAUCAGGAAAUGCCAGAGCCUAAGUUCAUGUAUGGGAGCCAUUAUUCAUCUCCGGGUUAUGUUUUGUUUUACCUUGUUAGAGUUGCUCCAGAAUACAUGCUCUGUCUGCAGAAUGGAAAGUUCGAUCACGCUGACAGAAUGUUCAACAGUCUUGCAGAAACCUGGAAAAACUGUUUGGAUGGUGCAACAGAUUUCAAAGAGUUGAUUCCAGAAUUUUAUGAAAAUGAUUCUGGUUUUCUAGUAAACAGUUUGAAGUUGGACUUAGGAAAAAGGCAGGGUGGAAAGAUAGUUGAAGAUGUAGAGCUUCCCCCUUGGGCAUCAGGUCCUGAUGACUUUCUUCAGAAGAGCCAAGAGGCUUUAGAAAGUCAGUAUGUAUCAGAACAUCUUCAUGAAUGGAUUGACAUAAUAUUUGGCUACAAGCAGAAAGGAAGUGAAGCAGUUGCAGCUCACAAUGUGUUUCACCCGUUAACUUAUGAAGGAGGAGUGGAUUUAAACAGUAUUAUGGACCCCAAUGAAAAAGUAGCUCUGCUGACACAAAUCUUGGAGUUUGGACAGACGCCAAAACAGUUGUUUACAAUUCCUCAUCCCCGAAGGAUAAUACCGAAGUUGAAAAGCUUGUCUCGAACAUCUAGUCACAGUGUUUCCAUAAUUGAGUCUCCAGUUUCUCCAAAUGAAGAAUCAUUUGAAGAUUUAACAGAAGAAAGUAUAAAACUUGCUUGGAAUAAUAUUGCCAAACUAAAAUUAGAUGAGCAAUAUAAAAUUCACAAAGAGGCGAUUACUGGAAUAGCAGUCACUUGCAAUGGGUCUUCUGUUUUCACUACAUCUCAGGAUUCAACUUUGAAGAUGUUUUCCAAAGAAUCAAAAACAAUCCAGAGAAGUGUGUCCUUUUCAAACAUGGCUUUGUCAUCUUGUCUAAUCUUACCAGGAGAUACCACUGUCAUAAGUUCUUCAUGGGACAAUCAUAUAUAUUUUUAUUCAAUUGCAUUUGGAAGACAGCAAGACAUCUUAAUGGGACACGAUGAUGCAGUUAGUAAGAUCUGUUGGCGUGAUGGACGUUUAUAUUCUGCAUCAUGGGAUUCCACUGUGAAGGUGUGGCACUGUGUUCCUGGAGAGACCUUGAGCAAUAAAAAAUACCACUUUGAACUGCUGGCAGAGUUAGAACACGAUGUUAGUGUGAAUACAAUCGACCUUAAUGCUGCAAAUACUGUACUCGCAUCUGGAACCAAAGAGGGUACCAUUAGUGUUUGGGAUGUUACUACAGCAACAGUGUUGCACCAGUUGCCAUGUCAUUCUGGAACUGUGUUUGAUGCUGCUUUUAGUCCUGACAGCAGACAUCUACUCAGCACAGGAGAGGACUGUUGUUUUAAAGUAACAGAUGUACAAACUGGAAUGCUUAUAUCUUCUGUAAGCACUGAUGAGCCACAGAG